AUGUCUUCCACAAUUGAGCUUGCGUCUGCCUUUAUUGAGGGAGCUCCGCCGGGCGAGCUCGCCGAUGUUGUUGCCGAUGUACAGGCCCUGACCGAGGGCGACGACAUUCUCUCUUCGCUCAGCCCCGCAUUCGAGCGUUACAAUGAAAGCCAGCUCACGACUGUUAAGCUGCCCGGAUCAAGUCAGGAGGUUAUUGUCAGUGAAUUCAACAAGUUGGAGGGCAACCGCUACUUCGACCCGGAAAGCCAGACAUCGUUCGAGAUGGAUCACACCACACAGACUGCCUCUGGGGCGCAAUCCGCGCCGUUGGAAUCCCAGAACGCCGACUUGAUUAAAUCACUUCUCAAGUCCCUGGCCGUCCACGCUCGUGAACAUUACACCAGCUGCUCUUAUGGUGUCUACCCGAUCGAGAACGACUCUUCCGUCGCCAUUCUUUUGGUUGCAAACCGCUACUCUCCCAAUAAUUAUUGGAACGGUCGAUUCCGAUCCAUCUAUCAAGUCCCCGUUUCCUCCUCACCCACAACCGUGACCGGCAAGAUCCACAUCGACGUGCACUACUAUGAAGACGGAAAUGUGGCUCUCAACACCAAUAAGCCCGUCUCCGUUUCCGUCCCUUCAGUGUCUGCCGAGUCGAUUAUCUCCCGCAUCGCUACCGUCGAGCGUGACUAUCAGGAGGAGCUGAAUAAGGCAUUCGUUCAAAUGGCAGAGGGUGCAUUCAAGGGACUCCGAAGACAGCUUCCCAUCACACGACAGAAGGUUGAGUGGGAGAAGAUUGGAGGAUACCGCCUGGGCCAGAAUAUCCAGGGGAAAUAA